CCCUUGUUAUGAUUGGUCGAACGCUGCUGCAUGGCUGCUUCGCGACUGUCAAGCAGCGCAAAACGACUAUGUUUGAUUCGUCAACACCUGCGACGAACAAACAAUAGGAAAAGCAGCAAAUACAUUUGUAACUUUUUGGGGGUAGGGAAGACGCUACUAAUAUGAACAGCGACGAAGAAUUCUCGCACUGACUGACGCGGGUCAUGCCGUGGCGUCUCCCGCCGGGGGGAACGGGCCGCUUCAGUGACGAGCAUCAUCUCAUUAAGACGCCACUGAGAAGGGUCUUUAGAGGGGUUUCAAAUGAAAAUGGAGGAUAUGGCCCUGUCAGGCCCAGACAGCACCAGGCUGGAGGCUUUGGUCCACGACAUCUACUCUGAGCUGGUGGAGGAUGCCUGCUUGGGCCUUUGCUUUGAGGUGCAUCGCGCCGUGAAGCAUGGCUACUUUUUCUUGGACGACACCGAUCCGGAGAGUGCCAAGGAAUUCGAGAUUGUGGACCAGCCAGGGCUGGACAUCUUUGGCCAAGUGUAUAAUCAGUGGAAGAACAAGGAGUGUGAAUGUCCCAACUGCAAGCGGCUGAUCGCAGCGUCCCGUUUUGCGCCUCACUUAGAGAAGUGUUUAGGCAUGGGUCGCAACAGCAGCCGCAUCGCCAGCCGCAGGCUGGCCAGCAACAACAACAAUGUCAGUAAGUCAGAAAGUGACCAGGAAGACAAUGACGACCUGAAUGACAAUGACUGGUCGUACGGUGCAGAGAAGAAAUCCAAGAAGAGAAAGUCAGAUAAGAAUCAAAAUUCACCUCGACGAUCCAAAUCUCUAAAGCACAAAAAUGGUGAUCUGGGCAGCAGUGUCACUUCAGAAGCUUUCAAGUACAACAACUACAACAGCACUGGCAUCAAUUAUGAAACGCUGGGGCCCGAGGAAGUAAGGUCGCUUCUGACCACGCAAUGUGGAGUUAUCUCUGAACACACCAAGAAGAUGUGCACAAGGUCUCAGCGAUGUCCCCAGCACACGGACGAGCAGAGGAGGAGCGUCAGGGUGUUCCUCCUGGGGCCGUCCGCGUCUUCCCUGCCCGAUACUGACACCACGGCAGAGAGCGACACGUUUGAUCUUCAAGGGGACGGCGGCGGGCCUCAGAACCUCAUAAGCCGCCUGCAGUGGGAAGACUCGCCAGACAUUUCACCCACCGACUCCGCUUCAUCCAGAGCCAGCACCAACCAUUCAGACCCUCGCAGGCCCAAGAAAAAGAAGCGAACCUCACUUGCCUUGAACCACUCGGCUGGAGGCGGCGAAGGAACAAGCGGGAAUCUAACAAGUGGCAGCAAUGGCGGCAUCUCGCAGAGUAGUGUUAACUUGCCCACCAAGAAAAAACGUCCUAAACUUCCCGCUCCUUCCAUUUCCAGUAUCUAUGACGACUUAAACCAGCACUAGAGGACAUUCGCCCUUGGCUCCAAGUCAACUUGACAGGAUUGUCUGUCAGGAAGAUGCAUUCAGGUGCACACACAUUCCUUUGGUUUCUCUACUGCUGUGUCUAUUUCAGGUGAAGUGCGAAUUGUGUAUACAGUAUUUCCUCAAAUAGUGGCACCACGUACCCCAAAAGACUGAUGUGGAUUCGCCACAAUAUGUUGUCGCUAGCCACGAUUUGCAGUAAAAAGCUACUUUUGUACACUUGGGACCUAUAUUUUGUUUUGUCAUGAUUGACCUGAUUAUUUGAUGUAACGAUCCAAAUGUCAAUUUGACAUGGCGUCAUAAUUUUGUGUUAAAUAUUGACACACAUUGUAUUUGCACAUUUAUAACUCAGUGGUGGUGGUGAUCGACAAGGUAAGCUAACAUAUUUGAAAUUUAAAUGUGUAUUUUUAUAGUCCCGUGUGGUUUUGUAAAGUGUUUUUUUUUCCUGGUGAGGUCAGCUCUAAAUAUCUACAAAUUUUAAAAAAGAAAAGCACUGUGCUGCUUUACUGGUAUUUGUAAAUAAACAAAAAGAAUGGGUUUUCCAAAGCUUUUAAUUGGAGAUGUCAGACUUCAAAUCAUUUUUCGUAUAAGUGCCAGAUUAAUGUUUCAUUCGUUUUAUUUACACUAAAUACACAACAUUGUACACAAAAUACACCAGGCCUGAUCUACCUUCAAGUUCAGGUAUUUUGACCUUUAAAUUUCUACUCUCCUCAGAAGAUAAAAAUUAACCUUUAAAUCACUGACAGGAAAAAACUGCCUCAAAAAGCUCAACAAUUACAAAUUUCUUAGGUCGAUUUUUUUAUUUUCCACUUGUAAAUUUAACCUCCCUACCAAGGGAAUAUGUCAGCUCUAAGUAUCUACAAAUGUUUUAAAAAACUGUCUUGCUUUACUGAUGUCUGUGAAUAAAGAAAAAGAAGGGUUUUCCAAAGCUUUUAAUUGGAGAUGU